UCGCGAAGGAAGGCGGAGGACAGAGGAAGCCAGCGCCGCCGCCGCCGCAGAGAGGAGAGGAGACGAGAGGAGAGCCCAGCGCGCAUGGCGGAGACGGCGAUCACGGCGGUGCUGGCCAAGGUGGCAGAGCUGGUGGCGUGGGAGGCGGCGGUGCUGCUCGAGGUGGGCGACGACGUCCGCCUCCUCCGCGACAGGCUCGAGUGGCUCCACACCUUCAUCCGCGACGCCGACCGACGGCGCCGCCGCCGCGACGACGAGUUCGUCGCCGUCUGGGUCCGCCAGACCCGCGACGUCGCAUUCGAGGCCGAGGACGCGCUCGACGACUUCCUCCACCGCGCCGCGCGGAGGAGGGCCCCGCCGCCGCUCCCGUCCUGCGUAGCCUGGCCCGCCCUCUGCGCCGGCCAGGUCGCGCUCCGCCACGGCCUCUCCGGCCGCAUCCGCCAGAUCACGAAGCGGCUCGAAGGGAUCUCCGCCAACCGCGCCGCCUUCAACAUCGAGCACACGCCGUCCCCCGCCUGGGCCGCCCCCUCCUCCUCCGCCACCACCACCCUUGCCUCCUGGGAUGAUUUGGAGGAGUGCACCGUCGGGUUGGACAUGUACAGCAAGAUGCUCAAGGAGCAGCUCCUCGACGACGCCGUCGCCGGCCGCGCGCUCGUCUCCAUCGUCGGCAAGAGCAGCAUCGGCAAGACGACGCUGGCGCGGAAGGUGUACGAGAGCUCGGAGAUCCGCAACCACUUCGAUAUACUGACGUGGACGGUGCUCCCGUCGAACAGCCGGCCGGCCGACGUCCUCCGCGACAUCAACUCGCAGGCCACCUUCCAGCUGUGGCGAUCUUCGUCGCAGCAGAGGGUGGAGGAUGGCUGCAGCGGCGGCGACGGCGCUGCGGCGGCGUGCAGGGCGGCGGGGAGGGACGUCAGUAACUCGCUGUUCCAGAACCUGACCGGCCGGCGGUACCUCGUCGUCGUCGAUGGCAGCAUCGCGGCCUCCGACUGGAACAGUCUAAGAGCGUCGCUCCCCGACGAGGGCAACGGCAGCAGGGUGGUGCUGGUCGCCGACAUGGCGGUCUUGGAGGUGGUGGGGUACCCCGGGCCGGCGACGUACGACCCGAUCGAGCUGGAACGGCUUAACCCGGAGAACACGUACGAGGUGUUCCGGCGACGGGUGUUCGGCUCCGGCGACUGCCCGCGCCAGCACAGGUCGAAGUACUACCAGAAGAUCUUCCAGAUCACCCGCGGCCUGCCGCUGUCGAUCGUCAUCCUCGCCGGCGUGCUGCGGUGCAAGGAGCUCCCGGCGGAGUGGGACGAGGUGAUGGCGCAGCUCUCCGCGGCGAGGGAGCCGUCGUCCAAGAACGACAGCAGCAGGCGGAUCAUGUCGCUGGCGUUCGACGACCUGCCGCACCACCUCAAGUCGUGCUUCCUCUACUUCGCGGCGAUGCGGGAGAGCGCCGAGGUCGACGCGCAGCGGCUGGUGCGGCUUUGGGUCGCCGAGGGGUUCGUGCGGCCGCGGCGGGGGAGCACCAUGGAGGAGGUCGGCCAGGGCUACCUCAAGGAGCUCAUCUCCCGGUGCAUGGUGCAGCUGGUGGAGAAGGACGAGUUCGACGUCGUGCUCAAGGUGGUGGUGCACGACCGGCUCCACGCCUUCGCGCAGGAGGAGGCGCAGGAGGCCAGCUUCAUCGAGAGCCACGACAGCACCGACGUGCUCGCGCCGGCCACCGUGCGCCGCCUCGCCAUCCAGAACUCCUCGGAGAGAUACGUCCAUCUCGGCAACGCUCUCCCCAAGCUCCGCUCCGUCGUCUGCGACCUCGUCCGCAACGGUGGCGGCGCCAGGUGCAUCCAGUCCACCGACCUGGGCUUCCUCGACGCGUCCAAAUUCCUCCGGGUCAUCGACAUCCAUGGCCUCGAGCUCAAGAAGCUCCCGAACGAGAUCGGCUCCAUGAUCCACAUCAGGUACCUGGGUCUCCACUGCGGCCAGCUGGAGAAGCUGCCGCCGAGCGUGAGCAACCUCGUCAACCUGCAGUCCCUGAUCCUGAAAGGCACCAACAACGCCCAGGUGCUCGACGUGACCACCGCGUUCUGGAGGAUCCCCACGCUGCGGCACGUCGUGGCGCCGUUCGCGCUGCCCAAGGUGCUCGGCGACCUGCACAGCCUCCAGACGCUCCACGGCGUGCAGCCGCUGUGCUGGGACACGCGCGGCGGCAUCAACCCGAUGGGGAGGUCCACCAACCUCCGGUCGCUGGAGCUCAGGGGGCUCGUCGCCAAGCACGCCGGCGCGCUGACGGCCGCGCUGGAGAGCCUGGACCUGCUGGUGCACCUGGUACUCCGGGGCGAGUCGCUGCCGUCGGCCGUGUUCACCAUCCCGUGCUUGCGGCAGCUGCAGAGACUGCAGCUGGUGGGACCCAUGGACUCGCCGGACGGGCCGAACACCGGCGACGGCGAGGCAGCGGGCGGAAUGGUGCGGUACAUUCGGCCGAACCUGACACGGCUGUCGAUGUGGAAUACGAUGGUGGGGCAGAAGUUCGUGGACAUGCUGAGCGAGCUGCCGAGCCUGUCGGAGCUGUCGCUGAUGGCGCUCGCCUACGACGGCGAUCGCCUCGAGCUCCGGGACGGCGGGUUCCGGAGCCUCCAGAAGCUGAAGCUGGCGCUGCCGGAGCUGGAGGAGUGGACGGUGAGGGCCGGGGCCAUGGCCUCGCUGGCGAGCCUGACGCUGCUCCGGUGCGCCAAGAUGCGGAUGCUGCCGGAGGCGCUCGCCGGCAUACCGGAGCUGAAGGAGGUGGUGCUGUUCCGCAUGCCGCGCAUGGUGGAGAGGAUCAAGAAGCGCGGCGGGGAGGAUCACCACAAGAUCAAGCACGUCCUCGUCAUCCAGACCCUUCGGUAGGAGCUUAGCUCGUCUAUCAGCUGGACCGUGAACGUGCCAAUGCGCCAUGAUCGCAGCUUAGCUUGGGAGUAGAAAUGAGUAGUAUUAGUAACAUAGUAGUGAAUCGGCAAGCACGUGUAACGAAAUUUCAAAUCCAUUGUAUUAAGCUGGAAAUUCAGUGGAAGUCUUUGGCAUUGGAUAGUACUUGGCAUCGUCGGAGAAGACAAGAGCAUGUCGGAGUUCACCGGAGAUGGGGAAGGUGAUCAUAUGAUAUGCACAAAUCUUUGCGCGGGAUCUUUAAACCGUCUUAGGCUGUGUUCCUCUUGUUCUAAUUGGCUUAGCUAGCACUAGCAGAACACAAAA